AUGUUUAAAUUAUUAUUGGAAUGUAAUAAAAUUAAAACAACAAAUAUUUUAAAAUAUAAUCAUAGUAGAUCAAUAAAUUAUUUAUAUUCAUAUAAUAACAAUAGUAUUUCAAUCAAUCAACAUAGACAAUUUAAAAAUUUUUAUUCAACUGAUAAUAAUGAUAAUAUUGACAAUAGUGAUGAAAAAAAUUUAAAAAAUCAAGAUGAAAAUAGUGCAAAAUUUAAAAAACAAAACAAAAAUAUAAGUAGUAAAAAAAAAAUAUUAAAACGAAAAAGAGUUUCAUUAAUUAAUAAGUCAUCAAGUAAAAAAGAUUUAACUAAAGAUGAUAAUAGUAAUGGUAAUAAUAAAAUUAAUAAUAAUAAUAUGAAUAAUAAUAAUAAUAAGAGUAAUAAUAAUAUGAAUAAUAACAAUAAUAAUAAUAAUAAUAGUUAUAAUAGUAUGAAUAAUUAUCAUAGUAAUAAAAAAAAUCAACCAACAAAUAAUCCAUCAUCAUUUUCAAAUAUUCAACAAAUUAAAACUAUACCAAAACAAGUGGUCGUUAUUCCUUUAUUAGAAAGAUUCAUUUAUCCAUCACAGGGAGUAUCAUUAACAUUUGAAAAUGAAUAUAAAGAAAUGGGCUCGCCAACUCACAUAGGUUUCUUUUUAAUUACUGAUGAGGAAAAGAAAUUAUUAACACCAGAAGAAAUUCAAAAGAUAAAAUCAUUUUCUGGUGGUAUACAAGAUAUUUCAAAACUUAACAGAGUUGGUGUAUUGGCUGAAUAUAAUCCAGAUAAAAAAUACUUAAUGGGUUCACAACUAAUCCAGAUCACAGGUAUAGCUCCACCACCAGAAGAAGCAAAAAAUAUCGAGUUGGAAGAAGAAAUUGAAGAGCCAUCUAUAUCUACAUCAACCAUUGGCACCAGUGAAUCUGUACCAGCUAUCGAAAUCGCUCAAACCGAAUUCCUAACCACACCAGUUGUACCACCCCCAACCAAAAGUAAAUAUUUAAAUGUUUUAAUUGAACCAUUUGUAGCCAAAGCUCAAGAUGAAAGUGCAAUUAGACCAUUGUUUUUACAAUUGGCAAAGAAUGUUAAUAUUUUAGCCGAAAAUAGUCCAGAGAUAGGAUUAAGACAAAGAUUAUCAAAUAUCCGUAGAACUGACCCAGAUUUGUUAUCAGAAAAUGCUGCAUUUAGCUGUGCAAGUUCAUCAAGUGAAUACCAAAAGUUUAUAGAGUGCAAUAUUCUUGAGGAAAAAUUAAAAAUGGCUAUUAUUAUGUCAAUUAAGAAAUAUCAAGUUAUACAAUUUCAUGGUUCAAUUGAAAAACAAAUUGAAGAAAAGGCUAUUAUGCAACAAAAGAGAUUUGCCUUAAUGGAACAAAUGAAAAUUUUAAAAAAAGAAUUAGGACUCGAUCAAGAUGAAAAAGAAGCUUUAAAGAAUAAGUUUAAUCAAAGAUGGGAAAAUAUUCAUAUAAAUGAUAAUCAAAUUAAACAAGUAUUUAAUGAAGAAAUGACCAAGUUCUCUGGAUUGGAAUCACAGUCAUCUGAAUAUAAUGUUACAAGAAAUUAUUUAGAUUGGAUAACAUCUUUGCCAUGGAAUGUUUUUAGUAGCGAUUGUUUAGAUAUUUCGAAAAUUAAAAAAUCAUUGGAUAAUGAUCAUUAUGGUUUAAAAGAUGUUAAAGAAAUGAUUCAAACAUUUAUUGCUGUAGGUAAACUUCGUGGCUCUAUUGGCGGUAAAAUUAUUUUAAUUGUUGGUCCACCUGGUACUGGUAAAACUUCUAUUGGUAAAUCAAUUGCAAAGUCUUUGGAUCGUCAGUUCUAUAGAAUUUCAGUAGGUGGUUUAUCUGAUGUCCAUGAAAUCAAGGGUCACAGACGUACAUAUUUAGGUGCUAUGCCAGGUAAAAUUAUUCAAGCAUUAAAAUUUGUUAAAACAUCAAAUCCAGUCAUUUUAAUAGAUGAAAUUGAUAAGAUUUCACAAUCGUCUCACCACGGCGAUCCAACUUCAACAUUGUUGGAAAUAUUAGACCCACAACAGAAUAAGAGUUUUACAGAUUAUUAUUUGGAUCUACCAUAUGAUCUCUCAAAGGUAUUAUUUAUAUGCACAGCUAAUAGUCUUCACACAAUUCCACCACCAUUAUUAGAUAGAAUGGAUGUCAUUAGAUUAAAUGGAUACGUUCAAUCUGAACAAAUGGAAAUUGCAAAACACUAUCUAAUACCAAAUAUACGUACCGAAACUGGUAUGACUGAGGAUCAAGUUACUGUUUCGGAUGACUCCAUCAAACAACUCUGUGAAUUUUAUUGCCGUGAAAGUGGUGUAAGAAACUUAAAAAAAACAAUAGAAAAAAUCUUUAGAAAGAUUGCACAUAAAAUUGCUACAGGUGAAGAGACUCAAGUAAAUGUAGUUUUAAAAAACCUUGAAAAGUAUGCUGGUCCAAUUAAAUAUCGUUCAAAUCGUUUAUUCGAUAAGGCACAACCAGGAAUUGUAAUGGGUUUAGGUUUUUCUUCAGGUGGCGGUGGCUUGCUUUACAUUGAAAGUGUUGUCGAAAGAUUUGUUCAAGGGGGUGGGUUAAGAACUACAGGUAGUUUAGGAGAUGUUACAAAGGAAUCAAUUUAUAUAUCCUAUAGUUAUGUUAAAGAAUUUUUAGCUCAUCUGGAUCCAUCAAACCAUUUCUUUGAUCACAACUCUAUUCAUAUUCAUGCACCAGAUGGCUCCACAGAAAAGGAUAUUUCCUCUGCAGGUAUCACCAUUGUCAGUUCAUUUUUAUCAUUGGCAACCAACAAGGCCUGCAAGUUAGAUUUAGCGAUGGUUGGUGAAAUUACUCUCACUGGUAAGGUCAUUGGUGUAACUGGUUUAACAGAUAAAAUUAUUGCAGCUAAAAGAGAGUCUGUAAAAACAAUUUUAAUUCCAAAAGACAAUUUAAAACAAUUAGAAGAGAUACCCAAUUUCAUUAAAGAGGGUUUAGAAUUUUAUUUAGUAUCUUAUUAUAAAGAUGUUUAUAAGAUUGCUUUUACGGAAGAUCACGACUUUAAACCUUUAAUUUUUAAAUCAACAGAUAGUAUUAUAACAGGAUAA